AUGCAUUUCGGCGACAUAUCUCAGCUUUUAGCCCUCGCCGUCCUAGGUGGUACGGCCCUGGCCUAUUCCCCCGCCGGCGACCACAUCGCCGGCCUUGCCGCCCGUAAUUUCGGCGGCGGCAGCAAGGUCCUUCCGCGGCGCGAUCCGCCUCCCCGUUUUGAUACGCAGCCCUGGGAUACCCCUUGGGGUGCUUGGGACGAUGACAUCUUUGUCGCCCCUGGUGAUGCUGUCGAACGCGCCGGCAGACGUACCAGACACGGGAAGAUAAGGCCUCGCCAGGCUGCUACCGACGGCGGUGCCAAGGUCCUUUCACCCCGCCAUGACCCAGGCUAUAAGCCUCCCAAAUGGCCAUACCCUGAUGGUACUUGGAGAGGAGGCAACGGGGGCGACAGGGAUGACAAUGGCAAUGGCGGAGGUAAUAAUGAAAAUUACAACCACGCCGGCAGAAAUGCGAGGCAAAACAUUCAUUUUUAG